GUUUCUCUGUCUGCAUCAUCGCUGUUGGCCCAGUGCAAAAGAGCCAUCGGGACGAACUUUGGCGUAGCAGCCGUAGUCUCUCUCAGUCAUUUACGGAGUUUUUUCUCAUUUGAUAUCAAUUUAUCGCCUUCCGUGUUUGGCAGCUGGUCUCCUUUCACGGUCCCUCACUCUCCCCUUACUCCCUUCAACGACUACCACGGCCAGCACACGACACGGUUAGAAAAAAAAGAACGGUCCUUUCGUUUUUGUGUCUCUUGCGGUCCUCGCAGCCAUGCGCUCCAGCAACAGAACACUCCUUUUCACCUUCGUUUUCGCCCUUACGCUCCUUAUCGCUUUUGCGCCCCAGGCCGACGCCAGUGCAAAUGCCGCCGCUUCUCCCGCGCAUCGACGGCAGGCUGGUCGAAUGAUCAGAAAGCGCCAGCUACCACCGAUUAUUCAGGUCGGCUCGGAUCCUACUCAGAGCUCGUCGACGGCCGAUGGUGCCUCCACGACGCCUGCGUCAUCAGCGACGUCAAGUGGUACCACGGCUCGUCCAGCAACCCCAACCACAGCGUCCUCUGACCCUCUCAUUAGUAUUGGUGUUCCAUCUGUCAGCUCAAGCACUUCUACUACCUCGUCGGUCUCCACUUCGACUUCGGCAACGUCUUUGAAUGCUACCACCUCGUCUACUACCUCGUCUUCGUCGACGUCUUCGACAACCUCAGAAACGCUUUCGGUGACCUCAGCGCCUGACUUGUCCAUCUCGUCGAAUCAACCUACCCAGACGUUCACGAGCACCCUAAGCAACGCGGAGAGUUCGGCAACCGAAUCUGCUACUACUACUGGUGCAACUUCCAAGUCAAUUUCCAAGACUACGAUUACGAUCAUUGCAGUCGUCGCGGCCAGCAUCGGUGGUGCAGCUAUUAUCUGGACGAUCAUCCGCAAGUGGAAGUUCCGCCCGUCUGCUGAAUUCGAAGACCGUAUGCAGCCAAUCGACUGGAGUCCAGAGUCGACACACGCACAGACAGGUGGUCCUGGCUUGAACCGUUCAGCCUCACAAGCCUCGCAUGGUUCUUUCAUCUCCGGCUCAGAGCACGGCAGCCUUACAGGUCCUCGUCCCUACGCCCCUGGCACUGGGAACCUCGUCGCGGAUAUCCCGCCGCACGACUUCACCGCUGGGCCUGCGCACCUCGGAGGCGGAUACGCUGACCUCACGCGCGGUCCUAGCCCAGGUCCGCAAAUGUCGCAAGCUGUCGCUCGGGGCCCGAGCUUCAACCGCGGCUAUGGCUACUGAUCGAAUCCAAUCGAAUCCGGUUCGGACGGAUGUUCGUUCGUUCGUUCGGCUCGUAUGUUUUAGAAGUCAUUGUUGUGUAGCGGAGCAGAGGUUCUAUCUCAAUCUCUGUUCGCCGUGUAUACCGUCCUUCUGAUUUGAUUUGAUACAUCUUGCUCAUCAUCGUUGGUGCUAACUGUUCGCUCACCCCUGUUAGCUUACCAUCACCAUCCGUCCAUCUAUCUUUUCUUGUUGAUAACACCGUUCCUUUUUACAGUUCUGUUGGAUUUUUUCGACGUUACGAGCAACUUGAUCUGGAGAUGCUUGUAAUCCAUUGAUCUUUGCGCCUUUUCUUCUGUCAUUUCUUGGCGUUGUCAAUGAUGUUUUAGUUCGACGUUGUUCAUAUACUUAUGCCUAUACCACUUCAUUUGUUUGCAACCUUCUUUUCACCGCCGCUCGAUGCGGUUUAUCCCUUCUUUUAUGAAAUAAAAUUUCUUGUUCAGGACGAUUCGUUUGGUGUUUUUCACUCUAUGGCUAGGUUUAAUAGGCAGACCAGACUUUCAGAAUUUGGGUGGGGAGAUGUUGAUAAUUAUGCAUGUCCUUAUUCAUUCCAUUUUAUGUGGGUCUGCUUGUCAUAGAGUGAUCGUCUGUCAUUUCUAUUUAUCGUCCUGUUUAUUUCACUGACAUUCGAUGUGUUCCUUUGUGCAGUUUGUGAGGAGAAUUGAUGAUAACCAGCGUUUAUAGCAAUAGUUAGUUUUUUAUUUUAUGAAAUUUAAC